AUGUGUCUCUCCAGGGCUAUCGGCGGUCUCGUUCUCGGCCACGGCGGCUGUAGCCUCGCACCUCAGCGCCGCCAAUCUGUAAUCCUUCCUCGCCACUUUACAGUCCAGCCCACUUCUCGAAAACCUGCUUCUCAACCCAUUUCUCGGCAAAAAAGCGCUUCUCAAGAAGCACUGGUUGCUUUUACUGUAAUUCUUCAAAGAAAAAGAAGCAGGAAGGCCAGGCUUCUGCUCAACACAGGCGCCAUGUUCUCAAUUUUCUUGGGAAAAAGGGAUUGCACGAUAGAGGCUUUUGCUCUGGUUUUUUGCUAUGGAUUAACUCACUCUCCCUUCAAUUUGAAAAACCCUAUGCGGCAAGGGUUUAGGUUAAUGAAGGUGAGCGAGGGUUCUAGAAAUGGAUGGAAGAGCAACUGUGAAGAGAACAUCUCAUUGGCCGCAGAUGUCUCCUUCCCAAGCAUUCCAAAUUGGUUGGCAGACAAGCCAUCCACAUUAGAGAAAAACCCAUUGGCAGAAGAUACACCUAUCCAGGGACUACCAAACAGGACCGACGAAGAAGAAGCACCGUACGACAUCCCUCCUUACGAGGUCCUCAGCCACACGGUCCUCGUAAAAAAUAUGAAGACCCUCACAGUCGAACGACCCGUGCUCAUCCACGAGAGUUACAUCAUUUGA